AUGAACACAGAAGCAGAACAACAGCUUCUCCAUCAUGCCAGAAAUGGCAACACUGAGGAAGUGAGGAAGCUACUGGAAGCCAUGGAGCGGACUGAAGUGAUUGCUGACAUCGAUUGUAAGGGAAGAAGUAAGUCUAAUUUGGGCUGGACACCUCUUCAUCUGGCAUGCUAUUUUGGACAUAAACAAGUGGUCCAGGAUCUGUUGAAGGCUGGUGCAAAAGUGAACGUAUUAAAUGACAUGGGGGACACGCCACUACAUCGAGCUGCCUUCACAGGACGAAAGGAGCUGGUGAUGCUUCUUUUGGAGCACAGUGCUGACACAACGGUUGUCAAUGGGAGUGGACAGACAGCCAAAGACGCCGCCCGUGACCAAGAAAUCAGAGGCAUGCUUGAAGCUGUGGAAAGGACUCAACAAAGAAAGCUUGAAGAAUUGCUUUUAGGAGCAGCAAGAGAAGGCAGGACAGCUGAAGUGUCAGCUCUGCUCAGCAGGCCCAGUCCUCCUGACGUGAACUGUGUGGAUCAGUUAGGAAACACCCCCCUGCACUGUGCAGCUUACCGGGCCCAUAAACAGUGUGCCUUAAAACUCCUGAGGAGUGGAGCUGACCCCAACCUGAAGAACAAAAAUGAUCAGAAACCUCUUGACCUUGCCCAUGGUGCUGAAAUGAAGCAUAUUCUUGUUGGUAAUAAGCAGGUCCUCUACAAAGCACUGAAACGAUAUGAAGGUCCUCUCUGGAAGAGUUCAAGAUUUUUUGGCUGGAAGUUAUUCUGGGUAGUGUUAGAACAUGGAGUCCUUUCCUGGUAUAGGAAACAGCCUGAUGCAGUCCGGAAUACUCACCGCCAGGGAUGCAAACACCUGACUCAAGCGGUGUGCACGGUGAAGCCCACAGAUAGCUGCCUCUUCUCUGUCAGGUGCUUUGACAACACGGUUCAUGGCUUCAGGGUUCCUAAGAACAGCCUUCAGCAGUCAAGAGAGAAGUGGCUCGAAGCCAUUGAGGAACACUCUGCGUACAGCACUCACUACUGUUCCCAGGACCAGGUGACUGACGAGGAAGAGGAAGAUGAGGUUUCUCCCAUGGACCUGAAGGAGUCUUUAGAGAGAGCACAAACAUGUCAACAGAGACUAGAUAGGGAAAUUUACAACUUUCUCAAAAUGAUUAAGGAGUGUGACGUGGCCAAAGACAUGCUGCCAUCAUUUCUGCAGAAAGCCGAAGUGGUCUCCGAAGCUUCCAGAGAGACGUGCGUGGCGUUGAGUGACUGCCUCAACCUCUUCACUAAACAAGAAGGGGUGAGGAAUUUUAAAUUGGAACAGGAACAAGAAAAAAACAAAAUAUUGUCCGAAGCACUGGAGACUUUAGCCACCGAACAUCAUGAACUAGAGCGAUCCCUGGUUGAAGGGUCCCCGCCUGUCAGCAUCCUUAGUGAGGACGAGUUCUAUGAUGCACUGUCAGGUUCCGAGUCCGAGGGGUCCCUGACUUGCCUGGAAGCUGUGACAGCACACUCCUUUGAAGAGAACGACGUGCCCGUGAGCAGUGGAAAACACAGAAUGUCCGAAGGAAAAGAUUGUGGCGGGGGAGAUGCGCUCUCCAACGGCAUCAAAAAGCACAGAACAAGCCUGCCUUCGCCCAUGUUCUCCAGAAACGACUUCAGCAUCUGGAGCAUCCUCAGAAAAUGCAUUGGGAUGGAACUGUCUAAGAUCACAAUGCCAGUCAUAUUUAAUGAACCUCUGAGCUUCCUGCAACGGCUGACUGAAUACAUGGAGCACACUUACCUCAUCCACAAAGCCAGUUCAUUUUCCGAUCCUGUGGAAAGGAUGCAGUGUGUGGCAGCGUUUGCGGUGUCUGCCGUGGCUUCGCAGUGGGAGCGGACUGGAAAGCCCUUCAACCCGCUCCUGGGGGAGACCUACGAGCUAGUCCGAGAUGACCUUGGAUUUAGACUCAUCUCAGAACAGGUCAGCCAUCACCCCCCAAUCAGUGCAUUCCACGCAGAAGGGCUAAACAACGAUUUCAUCUUCCAUGGCUCAAUUUACCCCAAGCUGAAGUUCUGGGGGAAGAGUGUAGAAGCGGAACCCAAAGGAACGAUCACCUUGGAGCUUUUAGAACACAACGAAGCAUACACAUGGACAAACCCCACCUGCUGUGUGCACAACAUCAUCGUGGGCAAACUCUGGAUCGAACAGUACGGCAAUGUGGAGAUCAUAAACCACAAGACCGGGGACAAGUGUGUGUUGAAUUUUAAGCCAUGUGGUCUUUUUGGCAAGGAAUUACACAAAGUUGAAGGCUACAUACAAGAUAAAAGCAAAAAGAAGCUCUGUGCUCUCUACGGGAAGUGGACGGAGUGCUUGUACAGCGUUGACCCCGCCACUUUCGACGCUUACAAAAAAAACGAUAAGAAAAACACGGAAGAGAAGAAGAACAGCAAACAGACAAGUUCGUCUGAGGAGUCUGAUGAAAUGCCGGUGCCAGAUUCUGAGAGCGUCUUCAUUAUUCCUGGAAGUGUGCUCCUGUGGAGGAUAGCCCCGAGGCCUCCUAACUCUGCUCAGAUGUAUAAUUUUACCAGCUUUGCAAUGGUUUUGAAUGAAGUAGACAAGGAGAUGGAGAGUGUGAUUCCUAAAACUGACUGUAGGCUGCGGCCUGACAUCAGAGCCAUGGAGAAUGGAGAGAUAGAUCAAGCUAGUGAAGAAAAGAAACGGCUUGAGGAAAAACAAAGAGCAGCUCGCAAAAACAGGUCCAAGUCAGAAGAAGACUGGAAGACAAGGUGGUUCCAUCAAGGUCCUAACCCUCACAAUGGAGCACAGGACUGGAUUUACUCUGGCAGCUACUGGGACAGAAAUUACUUCAAUCUGCCUGAUAUUUAUUAAAGUGCAGAGAAGUCACGGUGUCUGGCUAAUCUACAUUAAGUCUUAAGCUUAAGUUUUUAAAAAUUCCCCCUUGUUUCUACUCCUCUAUGAUUUGCAUUUCACCCCACAAGGUAGGCGGGGAAGGAGGCGCUCUGCCUCGUGUCUGCUGACGUGGAGUACUGUUGAUGCAAAGUGAGCAGCCGAUGGAGGUGCUGCCCUGUCCCCCCAUGUGCCGGAGUCUAUACCUAGUCUAACACUCAGCUUUGUGGAAUUCUAGUGAUCCAAAAAUCAAGUUAUUUUGAAUAUUUUUAUGCUAUUAUGCUUGAGAAUCUUAGGUGUAGCUUUGAAAUGUUUAGAAUUCUUCUGUACAAUGUUAUGUGCACAAAUGUCAAGGUUGUUAUUUUAUAAAAACUAAAUUGGUAAGAUGGCCUUUCAGGGAAAUUAGCCCUCUCAAUUUUACUUUCUGACCUCCAAAAAGGAGCAGAGGGGUGGGGCGAAUCAGGAUUCCUGAUUUGAAAAUUCUAAACGGGAAAAGGUGUUUACUCAUCUUCGUGCUCUGAAUUUACUUUCACAUUCUGUGAUCACUGUCAUUAGAAUUUACAGGGUUAAAUUGUGUGUGAACGGAAAAUCACAAAAAUGCCCUAGAAAUAGAUUUUAAUCGAUAUCAUUACCUAAUGACAAACCUUUAAGCUUCAACUUGUAGUGGCAAAUGCCACUGAGAAAUUAAGCUGCACUCAUGUAUUAUAAUCUAUGUAAGAGGGGGCCUUGUGCAUUUUGAGUUUGCAAGGUACUGGAGACCUACUGUACAGUAGCUUUGCCCCUUUGAUUGGGGUAAUCUCAUAGUAUUUAUCCAAUCAAAUCCAGACUGAGAUACUUGCCCUAAAGGGCCUUAGGUAGCUUCCAGUAAGUUAUUUUAAUUGUAUUAAAGUUAACAAGUGUUAUAAUGAUGCUAAAUAAAGGCUUUAGAAUAUUUAAAAAAAAAA